AUGAGUGGGCUACAUUCUCCAUGGAUUACGGCCGCUUUUCCUCCCUCAUCAUCUUCAUCAAUACCCUCUUCUUCAUCUUCUAAUGCAUCAAAAUCCUCAAGAAAUCACCUGUCCCCUUCAACAUCUCUGAGGAAUAACAGUUGUGGUGGUGUAGUUUGUCGAUCCCAAUUCGCAGCAGCACUCAAUGAGCCCAAAUUCAUACUUCACGAUGCCCUCGAUUCAUCCGGCAUCAAUACAGUCCAUGCCAAGGCUGCGAGGGAUGGUUACUGCUCGCAGAUUUGGAAGUUUUCUGAUAUUGAUCGAGACACGAGCAUUACGAUAAACAUAGGGGCGGAUUUAGCAAAAACAGCUCUUUAUAUUGCUGCGGAAGAUGAUUCUCUCAUUUCACAUUCUUCGGUUCCUCUUCCCGUGGAUGCUUUUGUUGAGAGACUGGAUGAUCUUUCUAUGGGCUACUGCUCCAGCUAUCACUCUUCAUUCAGGGCCUCGCCGGAGCGCUUUCUCCAGUGUUUGGAGAGAUACUUGUAUGUUAACAAGGGUUUCCGGAGAAUCAAUUCAAGAAACCAGUUAGAGCAACGGGCUCUUUAUCUUCAUUCAGUUUUAACUCAUCGUUCAGGUUCUGCUUCAAUGCUAUCACUUAUAUACUCGGAGAUUCUGAAAAUGCUUCAUUUAUGGGGUCUCUUGAGUUUUGAUAUAGAGAUUUUCUUCCCCCAUGAUUCUUAUAGCUUUCCUAGAGGCUAUCAUAAACAGAAAACCAAGGAAUCUGAUCAACCACAUAUCAUGACAUCGCAAUCUCUACUAGUGGAGAUGUUGAUGGACUUGAAGAAUGCUUUCUGGCCAUUUCAAUUUGAUCCUACUAGAAGUUUAUUCUUAAGGGCGGCACAGGCCGCUAACUGCACUGAUAGAUCAAACAACGUUGAAGAAAGUGGUUUGGAACUUGCAUCUGCCAAAGCUGCUCAGCACAGGCUAGAACGUGGUGUUUGGACCACCGUACAUUAUGGGGAUAUGAGACGUGCACUCGCAGAAGGGUGGCCUAGAGUGCAUGAUCCUCCCGCCCCUGCAGGGUGUUGGGAGGAGGUGGUGUCGUUCACGCAGAAGGGUGGCCUAGAGUGCAUGAUCCUCCCGCCCCUGCAGGGUGUUGGGAGGAGGUGGUGUCGUUCACGCAGGUACAGUAAAGACUUUAUUUUCACUGAGUUGUAUGGUUGUGUUACUUAUUAUAGCAGUGCGAUGCAAAGUUUUGUUGUGAAAGAGAAGUAG